AUGGCGGCCGCCGUAAUCAGCCCUCCCGACACCAGAGGUCUCGUCGCGCCUCUUCUGCCUUCCCUACCUGGUGCCGCCGCCUCCACCCAGCCCGCGCCAGCCAUCCUCCCCUUCCUGUCCCCGAUCCUCCGACAACGAGUACAGCUGCUCUCUGCGGCAAGCACAGAGCCAUGGAUACGGCUCCUUUCGUACGACACAGCAAAGGCCGCCAAGCUGGCAGAGAUUGCCCGGAGCGAGGCGCUGGAGCUGCACCCUGUCUCUGGCGAGGUCGAGGUGGACUGGGAGUCGGAUGUGGACGUGCAAUACAAGAGGCUCGACCAGGAGACCCUCCAGGCCCUGAUCGUGUUCCAUAGCCUGAACCUGUUUUUCCGACUGGUGUACUGUGUCGGCGAUCAAGAGGGCGGCGGUGAUGGAUGGCGAGUCGGCGAGGUCGGUGUGCCAGAUCAACCCUCCCCUUUUACCUCUUUCGGUGGAAAGACCAGUAUCGUCGAGGCCGAGGACGCUUUCAAAGCCGGCCAGGCCAAGCCCGCUGUCAGCGCAGUCAGCGCGCCGGUGAACGGCUACCACCAUAAUGAGGCCCUGGACGAGGAGGACGAUGAUGAUGAUUAUUGGGCACGAUAUGAUGCGACACCAGCCCGCACGCCGGCUGUCAAGCGAUCGCCUGCGCCCGUGUCAACACACACCACUCACACGAGUGCCUACCAAGACAAGGCAGCUGAGGAUGCCUAUUUCUCCCAGUACGACUCGGUUCAGCCUGCCAUGGACAAUCACGACCCUGACGAGGAGGUUGAGCACCAUGAGGUCACACCUCCUCUGGGCCUGGCGAGACCGUCUGCUCGCGCCCCGGCACAAGGUGCAGACGAGAUGGAGGUCAACGAGACUCAAGGCGGAUGGACCAUGGCCGAGCGGCCCGAGCGAUCCUCCUCGCAGCAUUCGAGGAUGUCCCGCGAGGAUGAGGAGCGGCAGGCUCACAUCCAUCACCCGCGCCCUGCCUCGGCCUCGAGCCACAGCUCCAACGUGUCCCUGGCCGUUGCCAAACUGGAGGAGUCGGCCGAGAAGCAGGACCAGAGCGACUUUGGCGUCAAGCAGCACGUGUCGCGCAGCAUCAAGAGCCUCUUCAUGCUGUCGCGUGCCUCGGGCAUCGAUCGGAAGGAGUUCGAGCGGCUUGUGAAGACGGAGCUCGACAUGUUGGGUAUGAUGGAGGACUAG